UCGAAAAUGGCGGAGCGAAUCUGAUCGGAGUGAAGCUACGCUUGUCAAAUCCGUUGACAUCAAGGCUAACGAACAAGAAUUCAGCAUUGAAUUUGUAUUAAUUUAAAAGUUGAAACCCAAUUUGAUACAUUUCCAAAAUGUAUGGGGAAGAUGAAGAAAUGUUUGAGGCGGAGGAGGAGAAUGAUGAGAUCACGACUGACAUGUGGCAGGAGGCGUGUUGGAUUGUCAUCAGUUCUUAUUUUGACGAAAAGGGCCUGGUACGACAGCAGCUUGAUUCUUUUGAUGAGUUUAUCCAGAUGUCCGUUCAGAGAAUUGUGGAGGACUCGCCAACUAUUGACCUUCAAGCAGAAUCCCAACAUACAUCUGGUGUCAUAGAAACACCGCCUCGUUAUGAGUUAAAGUUUGAACAGAUUUAUCUGUCAAAGCCGACACAUUGGGAAAAAGAUGGUGCACCAAGUCCCAUGAUGCCCAAUGAAGCGCGACUGAGAAAUUUAACGUAUUCAGCGCCACUUUAUGUAGACAUUUCAAAAACCUUCCAAAAAGAAGGUGAAGACAAAAUACAGACACUGCAUCAGAAGACGUACAUCGGUAAAAUACCUAUAAUGUUACGAUCGACAUAUUGUUUACUGAGUGGACUCACAGAUCGUGAUUUGACAGAGUUAAAUGAAUGUCCUUUAGAUCCGGGCGGAUAUUUCAUUAUCAAUGGAUCAGAAAAAGUUUUGAUUGCCCAAGAAAAAAUGGCUGCCAACACAGUUUAUGUAUUUCAACAGAAGGAUUCUAAAUAUGCAUUUAAAACUGAGUUACGUUCAUGUUUAGAACAUUCGUCCAGACCUACAAGUACGAUGUGGGUUAAUUUAAUGGCUAGAGGUGGAGGUGGAGCAAAAAGAAGUGCUAUAGGUCAGAGAAUUAUUGCCAUCUUGCCGUAUAUUAAACAAGAAAUACCUAUAAUUAUUGUAUUCCGUGCUCUCGGAUUUGUAUCAGAUAGAGAUAUCCUAGAACAUAUUAUUUACGACUUUGAUGAUCCAGAAAUGAUGGAGUUGGUAAAACCAUCAUUAGAUGAAGCCUUUGUCAUCCAGGAACAAAAUGUAGCUUGUAAUUUUAUUGGAUCAAGAGGAGCACGUCCUGGUGUAACCAAAGAAAAGAGAAUUCGCUACGCAAAGGAAAUUCUACAAAAAGAAAUGUUGCCUCAUGUUGGAGUUUCAGAAUUUUGUGAAACAAAAAAGGCCUAUUUCUUAGGAUAUAUGGUACAUCGUCUGUUAUUGGCUGCUUUAGGACGACGAGAAGUUGAUGAUCGAGAUCACUAUGGUAAUAAAAGAUUGGAUUUAGCCGGACCAUUACUGGCUUUCCUUUUCCGAGGGUUGUUCCGAAACUUGAUGAAGGAAGUGAGAAUGUACGCCCAGAAGUUUAUUGAUCGUGGUAAAGAUUUUAACAUGGAGUUGGCCAUUAAAACUAGAAUUAUAACAGAUGGUUUGAAAUAUUCCCUGGCUACAGGUAACUGGGGUGACCAGAAAAAAGCUCAUCAAGCUCGAGCAGGUGUCUCACAGGUAUUGAAUAGACUAACAUUUGCAUCAACCUUGUCACAUCUUCGUCGUUUGAAUUCUCCAAUUGGUCGGGAUGGUAAAUUAGCGAGACCCCGUCAGUUACACAACACACUAUGGGGUAUGAUCUGUCCUGCCGAAACACCAGAGGGAGCUGCUGUCGGCCUGGUGAAGAAUUUGGCGUUAAUGGCUUAUAUUUCUGUUGGUUCGCAACCAUCACCAAUUCUAGAAUUUUUGGAAGAAUGGAGUAUGGAGAAUUUAGAGGAAGUGGCACCUUCUGCUAUUCAAGAUGCUUCUAAGAUAUUUGUAAAUGGAUGUUGGGUAGGAAUACAUCGGGAUCCUGAUCAGCUGAUGAGUACACUUAGAAAAUUACGACGUGAAAUGGAUAUCAUUGUAUCUGAGGUGUGUAUGAUUCGAGAUUUCCAUGAAAGAGAAAUUCGUAUUUAUACAGAUGCUGGUCGUAUUUGUCGUCCAUUGUUGAUUGUAGAGAAUCAGAAAUUAUUAUUAAAGAAAAGUCACGUUGAACAGUUGAAAUUACGAGAGUAUAACAACUACAGUUGGCAGGAUUUAGUGGCUAGCGGUGUUGUGGAGUACAUUGAUCCGUUAGAAGAGGAGACAACCAUGUUAGCUAUGACCCCUGAUGACCUAUGUGAGAAAGAGGCACAAUAUUGUUCCACGUAUACACAUUGUGAAAUUCAUCCGUCAAUGAUCCUGGGUGUAUGUGCCUCCAUUAUUCCAUUUCCUGAUCACAAUCAGUCUCCUCGUAAUACAUAUCAAUCCGCUAUGGGUAAACAGGCUAUGGGUUUUUAUAUUACAAAUUACCAUGUGCGUAUGGAUACGCUUGCUCAUGGCUUAUUUUACCCCCAGAAACCACUAGUAACAACACGAUCUAUGGAAUAUUUACGAUUCAGAGAACUUCCCGCAGGUAUUAAUUCUAUUGUUGCUAUCGCCUGUUAUUCUGGUUAUAAUCAGGAAGAUUCCGUUAUUUUAAACAGUUCGGCCAUUGAUAGAGGUUAUUUCAGAUCGUUUUUCUUCCGAUCUUACAAAGAUUCUGAAUCUAAAAAAGGAUUGGAUCAAGAAGAAAUUUUUGAGAAACCUAACAGAGAAACCGUUCAAGGUAUGAGAGCUGCUAUUUAUGAUAAAUUAGAUGAAGAUGGUAUUAUAGCACCAGGUACAAGAGUAUCUGGAGAUGAUGUUUUAAUUGGUAAAACUAUAACUCUACCUGCCAGUGAUGAUGAGUUGGAUGGUACAUAUAUGAAGUUUAGUAAAAGAGAUUGUUCUGUUUUCAUGAGAAGAAGUGAAACUGGUAUUAUUGAUCAGGUUAUGGUCACUAUAAACAACGAUGGGUAUAAAUUUUGUAAAAUUCGAGUUCGAACUGUGAAGAAACCUCAGAUUGGUGAUAAGUUUGCUAGUCGACACGGACAGAAGGGAACGUGUGGUAUAACAUACAGACAAGAGGACAUGCCGUUCACAUGUGAAGGAAUAUCUCCCGAUAUUAUCAUCAAUCCCCACGCUAUUCCCAGUAGAAUGACAAUUGGCCAUUUAAUUGAGUGCUUACAAGGCAAAGUAGCUGCAAAUAAAGGAGAGAUUGGUGAUGCCACGCCUUUUAAUGAUACUGUUAAUGUACAGAAAAUUUCUAAUUUACUCCAACAAUAUGGUUACCAACAGAGAGGAAAUGAGGUUAUAUAUAAUGGUUUUACUGGUAGAAAACAGAAUGCCCAGGUUUUCCUCGGACCAACAUAUUACCAACGUUUGAAACAUAUGGUGGAUGAUAAAAUACAUUCUCGUGCACGAGGUCCUUUACAGAUCCUAAACAGACAACCUAUGGAGGGUAGAUCUCGUGAUGGUGGGCUUCGUUUUGGUGAGAUGGAGAGAGAUUGUCAGAUUGCUCAUGGAGCUGCCCAGUUUUUACGAGAAAGAUUAUUUGAGGCAUCAGAUCCCUAUCGAGUCCAUGUGUGUAAUUUCUGUGGUCUUAUUGCGAUUGCUAAUCUUCGUAAUCAGACUUUUGAAUGUAGAGGCUGCAAGAAUAAAACUCACAUUUCCCAAAUCCGUAUACCAUAUGCUUGUAAAUUAUUGUUUCAAGAGUUGAUGUCGAUGAACAUUGCACCAAGAAUGAUGACAACAUAAAUUAAAUGUACAUAUUAUAAAUUGUUAAAAGAAAUUAUUAAUUCUUAAAAACAAACUACGUCCAGUCUUUGUAUGUAGUUAAAACAUGUAAAUUAUGGUCAUCUACAAACUUAUUAAAUCUUACAAAAUGUGUAAAAGAAGUUAUUAAUUUAUAAAAAUAAACUACGUCCAGUCUUUGUAUGAAGUUAAAACAUGGAAAAUUAUGGUCAUCUACAAACUUAUUAAAUCUUACAAAUGUGUAAAAAAAAGGUAUUAAUUCGUAAAAAAAAUAUGUCCAGUCUCUGUAUAGAGUUAAAACAUGGUAAAUUAUGGUCAUCUACAAAACAUAAAAAAUACGUAAAAAGUUAUUAAUUCAUAAAAACAAACUAUGUCUAGUCUUUAUGGUAAAUUCAUACACAUUGCCCUAAAACUGAUUAUUUUUGUAUUUGUAGAUUAUGACUAAGUGCUAAUUAUUUUCUUGUCAAAACCAAAGGUUUUGUAUGUAUAUUGUUUGUGUGUGGAUGAAAGAUAUGUUGUCCCAAGAUAAUUUCUAAAAAUAAUUAUGAGUUUUGUUUGCAAGUCAAAUUAUACCAGUAUUUUGUUAUUCUACAUGCCUGGGAAAAAAAAGGUGAAAUUUUGUCCUUUAGAUCCAUCUAAUUUAUAUACUUACAGAUGUUCCAAAUUACAAUAUUUAUGGAUUUUUAAAAUUUAGAAUUUUGAAUUUGCUGUAAAACUGCAAGAGACCUAUAUUUCAGCAUACAUGUAUGUAUUAAUCUGUUUGACAUCCUUAAUUUUCAGAUUUUGUAAACAAAUAUUUACAUUUCUAUAUAUGUAUAUAAUUUACAUGGGUAAAAAAAGAGUGCAUACUAUGAAUAUAUUUUUAAACUUUGAUUGCACUCAUGUAAAUUAUGUAGGAACUGUAUAUGUGAGAAUUAUGAAACAUAUGUAUAAAUUGUAAAUAUCAUUGUAAAUAAAACAUGUCAUUCAUUAAAGCAAUUAUAAAAACACAA